AUGUCAUAUACUCCAAAUUCAUUCGUCGGUGUUUUAUAUGUUGUCAGCUUUUUAAUGGGUACUUCAUAUGGUGCUCAAAAAGUUAACCACUUCAAAGAUGUUGCCAAAAACAAUUUAAUCGCUGAAAUUAAAACCACAGCAACUGCCGAAAAAUCAAAAUCAUAUCAAGAAGGUUUUGAAGCUGGUAUUAAAUCAACUCAACCAAAAGAAGGUGCCAAAUACAACAGUGAAAUCGAAAGAAUUAUUGGUGAAACCACUGGUACCAACUUUUUCGCCACCAACUAA